CGCCGCCUCGUCCUGCCCCCAGCCCUCAGCCCCCAGCCCUCAGCCCUCGGGAUCGCCGCCUCCUCGCAACAUGCUACCUGCAGCAGCCUCGGCGUGGCGGCUCGCCUCUUCUGGACCCCUCUCCCGCCUCGAUGACAGCUCUCCUCUAAGAUCCGCUGGAUUUAAUUGCUCGGACAAUUUGAAAGUGCAAUAAUUGAUUUGUCCCCUUCCCACUCACUUCGCUUCAUUUUCAUCUCCCUUCUCCUCCUCCUCAUCGCUACUGUCGGAUCUGAGCCGAGAAGUUGCUCAGCGGUUUUGGUUAUAUGCGUGCUUAUCUAUAUAUCUAUAUCUAUAUUUAAUAACCACCAACAAAAUUAACAACCAAAAAGACAAGGGGGAAAGGGAAGAGACACCAUUACCGGGUUACUAUGCACUUGCGACUGAUUUCUUGGUUUUUUAUCAUUUUGAACUUUAUGGAAUACAUCGGCAGCCAAAACGCCUCCAGGGGAAGGCGACAGCGAAGAAUGCAUCCUAACGUCAGUCAAGGCUGCCAAGGAGGCUGUGCAACAUGUUCGGAUUACAAUGGAUGUUUGUCAUGUAAGCCCCGGCUAUUUUUUGUCCUGGAGAGGAAUGGCAUGAAGCAGAUUGGAGUGUGUCUCUCUUCAUGUCCAAGUGGAUACUAUGGAACACGAUCUCCAGAUAUAAAUAAGUGUACAAAAUGCAAAGCUGACUGUGAUACCUGCUUCAACAAAAAUUUCUGCACAAAGUGUAAAAAUGGAUUUUACUUACACCUUGGAAAGUGCCUUGACACCUGCCCUGAAGGGUUAGAAGCCAACAAUCACACCAUGGAGUGCACCAGUAUUGUGCACUGUGAAGCUAGUGAGUGGAGUCCGUGGAGCCCAUGUACAAAAAAAGGAAAAACAUGUGGUUUCAAAAGAGGGACCGAAACACGGGUCAGAGAAAUCAUACAACAUCCUUCUGCAAAAGGCAACCUGUGUCCACCCAUGAGCGAGACAAGAAAGUGUGUGGUGCAAAGAAAGAAGUGUCCAAAGGGAGAACGAGGUACAACAAUAGAAGUCAAAUGCAUUGUUUGUGUUUUCAGCUCUCAUAAUUCAACAGUAUGA